CUAUUUGUAUGUUUGACGUAUAUAUAUAUAUAUAUAUAUAUAUUAAUUUGUAUUUAUUACAACAAAUAUUAACCAUGUCUGAAUACGAUAACGUGAGAGUGGGCAAAUUAGUUUUGAAGGGCGAAAAACAAAAAGCAAAGAAAAGGAAACACAAGACAAAGAAAGUACAAGAAGCCCCCAAGGAAGAUUUGGAUUGUAUUAAACAUGGAAAUUGGUGGAAAGCCACUAAAAUAGAAGAUAUUAGCGGACCUGUUGCUAUAGAAUUUGGUAACCACUGCUAUGUAAAAGCAUUAGACAACGGUUUGUUUACACUUGGGCCUCCCCACAAUGAAGGAGAUGGCCCAUCUCCUGAAGAAAUUUUGACUGCCAUUCCAAUUAAUGAGAGGAAAGUAGCUUUCAAAUCAGGGUACAAUAAGUACCUAAGAGUUGAGAAGGAUGGUGCAGUUACUGGAAGGUCAGAUGCUAUAGGUGCAAUGGAACAGUGGGAACCAGCAUUUCAAGAAGGAAAAAUAGCUUUACAAGGUUACAAUGACUGUUUCAUGUCCAUUGAUGAUUUAGAAGAUGCUGUUGUGGCAAAAGAUAGAAAAGCUGGUGAAAAGCAUGUGGUACAAAUUAGGUCACAAACAAUCAAAGAGGUUAACCCACUAAAAGAUGUACCAACUGAGGAGCAAGGUAGCCUUAAAGAGGUUGAAGUCAACUAUGUAAAGAAAUUUCAGAAGUUCCAGGAUAAGAAAAUGAGAAUAUCAGCAGAAGAUGUGAAAGAACUUGAAAAGGCAAAAGAGAAGGGUAUUUUUCAUGAGAAAUUGUUAGACAGACGAAGUAAAAUGAAGGCUGAUAGAUAUUGUAAAUAAAUCACGGUUUUUUAAAUGAUA